GUGCGAUCGAUUUUUCGUGAUUAUUCGUCUCUCGUCUCUGAGCGUUGAGUGCUGCUGUGCUUGAAGAAAGUUUGCCGUGGUUGGACGUGUUGCUAGGUGGCCGUAGUGCAUUUUUGUGAUCCCCAUUCUCGCUAAGUGAAUCAAUAGUCAAUUUCCAAAAUGGGCAUUCCCGCUGGUGACGUUGAAAAGGGAAAGAAGCUAUUCGUUCAGCGAUGCUCGCAGUGCCACACCGUCGAAGCUGGUGGCAAGCACAAGGUCGGUCCCAACCUGCACGGAAUGGUUGGACGUAAAACUGGCCAGGCCCCCGGAUUCUCCUACACAGACGCUAACAAGGCCAAGGGAAUCACCUGGAACGAAGACACCCUGUUUGAGUACCUGGAAAACCCGAAGAAGUACAUCCCCGGUACCAAGAUGAUCUUCGCUGGUCUCAAGAAGCCAAACGAGCGUGCCGAUUUGAUCGCCUAUCUCAAAUCGGCUUGCGCCUAAGCAACGCCAUUUUAGUUUUAGCAUCAAUUGAAAUGAUAGCAACAUCCGUGCUAGGAUUUCACCAACAAUAGACAAAAACUUCAGAAGCAGGAAGAAAGAUGAAGAGCAAUGCCCUCGCCCCCCCGAUUGAACACAAAUCCGAUUAGGAAAAUUUUCUUAAUUUUAACUUUAUUUAUAUGCUAGAUUAAAGAAAAGCGUAACAAGAAACGGGGCAUCAAGCUGUUUCGCCGUUAGGUCCAUGUAAUUUAUUUUCAAUAACCCGUUGCUUUCUCAUGUUAGGAUUCAAUUCUAUUGAAUACAGAAGGAUCACAGUAUUAUAUGAAUGGAGGAAAUUAAAACUCGAAAGGGAAGAUCGAGCUUCGUAAAACAUCCGUUAUAUGAUUGAAGGAUACAAGUUGGAUAGAGUGAAAUACUAAUUCAUAAUUUUUACAUUGAUGGUUCUUUUCGAAGAGAAUUUACAGAAGCUUUACAAAACAGGAUCUUCCCCUCCGAUGUUAAAUUUCAGCUGCUUAUAUGAUAUUAAAUAAAAUGAUACUGACGUAUUAGAAUCAUCUCGCUGUGAUUGAAAAUCGAGACAAACAUUUGACACGUAUAGACUAAGAACACAGAAACACUGUUUUUUAUUGUGUUGCCGAGGACGAGUUAUCAAAAAUUCCGGUUAGAGAUCUGCUGCGGAAUAAAUUACGGAAAUGGCGUGAGUGCUAUUAUAAA